AUGCCCUACGGCUUGGCCUCCAGAUACCUAGAUUUCCAAAUCAUUCCUUUCACUUUAGCUGGUAAGAUAACUCAGCGCACUCACCUCGAAUAUCAAGUUAAUAUCAAGGAUACCUCAGAUCCUGGGUUGCGUUUGCUACGGCAACGUUCCACAGAUACACUUUUCGAACAGGCCGUCACAUUCCUAAGGUCGAAACUGAACGAGUGUCUGGCUACACAUGCAGAAUGUCACCACAUCGAGCCUCUCAAGGAGUCGAAGUACCCGACUCGUCUACUCAACUUGAAGAGCCCAUAUCGAUCCAGGGUUUUUCUCGAGGACACCAGUGAGGAGACCAAGGGUCAUUAUUUCACUCUUUCUCAUUGUUGGGGUGGUCUACAACCAGUCACGCUUACCCGUGGAUCGGAGCAGACUUUAAGAGGUGGUAUAAAUAUUCGCGAUUUACCGAAAACAUUUCGAGAAGCGAUAUACGUCUGUCGGAAGCUUGACAUCCCUUACCUAUGGAUCGAUUCCCUGUGCAUCUUUCAAGAUGACUUGACUGACUGGCAUGCUGAAGCGGCCUCAAUGCGUCAAGUCUAUGCGUCAGCAGUAUGCAACAUAGCUGCGGCAGGGGCUAAGGAUGCCUCGGUAGGUUUACGGUUCCAGCAUGAUUCGAUGGUGUCGGACUCAUUUGAAAUUUCUGCACCUAAACAGUUUUGGCUUCCUGGCCAGAAACAAGCUCCAAUUGAGUACCUUGUUUGUUCUAGAUCCUCAUUCUCGAGGGACAUUGAAAAUGGUCCUCUCAACUUCAGAGCAUGGGUCCUGCAAGAACGUGUUCUAUCUCGGCGAACGAUGCAUUUCACAGCUUCUGGUGUCUAUUGGGAAUGUCUAAGUAACAUCGCUAAUGUUAUGUACCCCGAACGCCUCCCGGACUGGAUCUACCGAGAGGAAGAGAUACAAACGAUCAAACUCUUACUGCUCCAAGGGAACGAUACCAAUAAUAGUCAUGUAACACAAGCCUGGAAAAACAAGGUGUAUGAUGCCUGGAAUCAGCUCUGCUAUAUGUAUUCCAGAAUGGGUAUGAGCGUGGAAAGCGAUAAGCUUGUGGCUAUCCAUGGCAUUGCACAAAAGCUGUCACAAAUUAAUGGCGACAAACUGGUUUGUGGACUGUGGGAGCAACGUCUACUUCCGCAAUUAUUAUGGUGCUCGGUUCAGAUUCCCAACUUAGCGACUUCCUUUCCGCUCCAUUGGCGAGCUCCAAGCUGGAGCUGGGCAAGCAACAAUAACAUAUUUUUACAUGCAGCGCAUCUGAGUUGUGGUUAUGGUCAAGCAAAGGCGAUAGUUGAGAAAAUUGAGGUCGACGCGUACGUAUCUGGGCAACUGAAAGAUGCCUCGUUGACGCUACGUGGUAAAGUCGUAGAGGCUAAGUUGGAUUUACAAACAGAGGUUAAAAAUUCCGUACGUUCAGUGACUACGGCGCACCUCCAUUGCGGAGACGACGCAAUGAAAGUAUGCGCACCGUUUUUCGACCUAACUGCAGACGACUCAGACUCGAUGACCUUCCACGAGCAGGUCCUCUGUAUCGGCGUCUAUGAGGAUCGGUGCGGUAGGAAUGCAGAGGAAGACUUCCACCCGACCUGGGAAUUGGGCGUUCUCAUUCUCCGACAAUGCCACCUGGAUCCCCCAAAAUAUCAACGAAUUGGCAUCUUCCUACUGUCAGGAGAAGACCUCGCUUUCUACACAUCCCACGAAUCGCAGGAGGAACGCAGCAUAACCAUCAUCUAA